GCACUUGCUGAUCUUGGCUGCUGAGUGGAAAAUUGUAAACAGCCAAGAAUGUUGUUUGCUUGCAUGAGGCCAGAGGAGGCUGCCCAGGUCCUUGGGGAGAGGCAGCCAGCCCAGGAGCAGGACAAGGCCUCAUCCUAGAAGCCUCAGGUUCCUCUAGGCUCCCUUCUGAACACCUCGUUUCCCCUACUGCUGCCAGACAGGCAGGCCAGGAACACUGGGUCCUGAGGCAAGGCCUCGGAGCCGACUCCGGAAAGAUAAGUCUUCCCUUAUCCUCUGUCUGUGCCCCCUUAUCUCUGACUGGAUGGCACCCGGGUGGUUUGUAGCAAAACUGCACAGUGGGAGUGCCCCGAACCUGUGGCAUACAAGUGAGGCUGGAGACCUUCUGACUGCUGAGGUCCUGCUACCAGGCUUGGGGAGACUGAGGCGAUCCCCAGACCUUUAAAAUGCUCCUAAGAAUGCAAACAGGGGUGCUUUUCAGGACAGGCUACAGGACAGGACCCAGGUGCCUCCCAACAUGGGCACCAAAGCCCGUCCCGUCUGAAGCCACCUGCCUCACACCUGGCCAGUACUUGAGAAGCAGAGGUAGGAACAGCAGGAGUUGAGGGCCAUCCUCGACUACACAGCGAGCUGGAAGCCAGCCCAGGCUACAUGAGACCCUGCCAUCACACAAACAAAAAUAACCCUACAAAACCUCCCUCAGGUACCUGGCCCUGGCCUCGAUGGGCAGGGCAGUCUUCCCAGCUUGGAGGAGAAGCUGGAGUCCAUAGUUACCCACCUCCCUGCAGUCGGCCCUAGCUCCAGCCUACUGGGCCGUCAGGAUGGGCCCACACUCUCGGCAGAAGUGAGAUUUUCUGCAUCUGCCCCCCCCACACCCCCCUUUUUUUCCUGCCUGGCUGUCAUCGCGGCCACUGUGGGCCAGACAGCUGAAGUUUGAAGAGGUCCAGUUGGUAAGGAAGCGUCAGGGCCUGGGGCCCAGAAGAGGGAGGAGAGUGCCUUCCCUGACCUCUGACCCACCUAUCCCAGCCAGCUCCUGGGAGCCGAGGCUGCUAUCCAGUCAUCCUUCAGCGGUGGAGGAACAGGUUUCUGGGACAACCACCUGGGCCAUCUGGGGCACCCUUCACCUUGAGAUCCAGCAGGAAAGGGCCAUCUCUACCUGCCCAACCCUUGCUCCCAUUCCACUCAUGCGGGGCCACCGUCUCCAGCCAGUCCCAGCUGCCUGUGCCGGUCACCCGAUCCACCCUGUAGCCCUGCAAACUUUAUGAUCCUGGGGCAGAGUCCAGGGCAGCUGAAGGCUCCUCCACACACGCCUGCUGAACCCUGAGCGCCCCGAGCUGCCGGCAUGGGGCGGGCUGAGGCCGCCGCCAUGAUCCCAGGCCUGGCCCUUCUCUGGGCAGCGGGGCUGGGGGAUGCUGCCCCUAACCUUCCACGCCUUCGGCUCUCUUUUCAAGAGUUACAGGCCCGGCAUGGUGUCCGAACUUUCAGGCUGGAGCGGACCUGCUGUUAUGAAGCCUUGCUGGUGGAUGAGGAGCGUGGACGCCUGUUUGUGGGUGCUGAGAACCAUGUGGCUUCCCUCAGCCUGGAUAACAUCAGCAAGCGAGCCAAGAAGCUGGCCUGGCCGGCCCCCGUGGAAUGGCGAGAAGAGUGUAACUGGGCAGGGAAGGACAUUGGUACGGAGUGCAUGAACUUCGUGAAGCUGGUACACGUCUAUAACCACACACACUUGCUGGCCUGUGGCACAGGGGCCUUCCACCCAACCUGUGCAUUUGUGGAGGUGGGCCACCGCCUGGAGGAACCCAUGCUCAGACUGGACCCGAAGAAGCUUGAGGAUGGCAAGGGAAAGAGUCCUUACGACCCGAGGCAUCGGGCUGCCUCCGUGCUGGUGGGGGAAGAACUGUACUCAGGGGUGGCAGCAGACCUCAUGGGCCGAGACUUUACCAUCUUUCGCAGCCUGGGCCAGAAUCCUAGUCUCCGAACAGAACCCCAUGAUUCCCGCUGGCUCAACGAACCCAAGUUUGUUAAGGUCUUUUGGAUCCCAGAGAGCGAGAACCCCGACGACGAUAAAAUCUAUUUCUUCUUCCGUGAGUCCGCAGUGGAGGCCGCACCCGCAAUGGGGCGCAUGACUGUGUCCCGGGUUGGCCAGAUCUGCAGGAAUGACCUGGGUGGCCAGCGCAGCUUGGUCAACAAGUGGACCACAUUUCUGAAGGCGCGCCUUGUAUGCUCAGUACCUGGAGUCGAGGGUGACACCCAUUUUGACCAACUUCAGGACGUGUUUCUUCUGUCUUCCCGGGACCGCCAAACGCCGCUUCUCUAUGCGGUCUUCUCCACCUCCAGUGGCAUCUUCCAGGGCUCUGCCGUGUGCGUGUACAGCAUGAAUGAUGUGCGCCGAGUCUUCUUGGGACCCUUCGCUCACAAGGAGGGGCCUACGCAUCAGUGGGUGUCCUACCAGGGUCGCGUCCCCUACCCACGGCCCGGCAUGUGCCCCAGCAAGACCUUCGGCACCUUCAGUUCCACCAAGGACUUCCCAGAUGAUGUUAUUCAGUUUGCUCGGAACCACCCUCUCAUGUACAACUCCGUCCUGCCCAUCGGGGGGCGCCCUCUCUUCCUCCAAGUGGGAGCUGGGUACACCUUCACCCAAAUCGCGGCAGACCGUGUAGCAGCUGCUGACGGACACUACGACGUUCUCUUCAUUGGUACAGAUGUGGGCACAGUGCUGAAAGUGAUCUCAGUCCCCAAGGGCAGCCGACCUCACUCUGAGGGACUUCUCCUAGAAGAGCUGCAGGUGUUCGAGGACUCUGCCUCCAUCACCAGCAUGCAGAUCUCCUCUAAAAGGCACCAGCUCUACGUAGCCUCACCGAGCGGCGUGGCCCAGAUUGCCUUGCAUCGCUGCACGGCCCUAGGCCGCGCUUGCGCAGAAUGCUGCCUGGCCCGAGAUCCUUACUGUGCUUGGGAUGGAUCAGCCUGCACACGCUUCCAGCCUACUGCCAAGAGGCGGUUCCGGAGGCAAGACGUACGGAAUGGUGACCCCAGCACCCUGUGCUCUGGGGACUCCUCUCACCCUGCGCUGUUGGAGCGGAAGGUCUUAGGUGUGGAGAGCGGCAGCGCCUUUCUGGAGUGUGAGCCACGCUCGCUGCAAGCCCGUGUGGAGUGGACCUUCCAUCGCGCAGGGGAGGUGGCGCACACCCAGGUGCUGGCGGAGGAGCGAGUUGAGCGUACGGCGCGGGGGCUGCUGCUGCGUGGGCUGCGGCGCCAGGACUCGGGCGUGUAUCUGUGCGUCGCGGUUGAGCAAGGCUUUUCGCAGCCACUGCGGCGCCUGGUGCUGCACGUGCUGAGUGCGGUCCAGGCCGAACGCCUGGCCCGGGCCGAGGAGGCAGCAGCCCCUGCACCACCGGGCCCUAAACUCUGGUACCGGGACUUUCUGCAGCUGGUGGAGCCAGGCGGCGGUGGAGGGGCAAACUCCCUGCGAAUGUGCCGCCCGCAGCCCGGGCCCCACCCUGUGGCCGCAGAAUCCCGCCGGAAAGGUCGCAACAGGCGAAUGCAUGCCUCUGAGCUGCGUGCUGAGCGUGGGCCACGUAGCGCAGCACACUGGUGACUGGGCUGUCCCCACACUGGGGACCAGGCUGGACAUGACAUUCAGAAGAGGGGGCAGGCAGACGCCAGGAAGACUGAGGCACACUGAGGUCCUUGGGGCCAGUAGGACACCUAACUCAUCCAUAGGCCCUGGCCAAAGGGUACCCGAGCCAGCUUAUUUAUUAACAAGAUAACCCGCCAAUGUAGCCUCAGAAGAGUGGCCCAGGCUGAAUUCAGGAUCUAGCCUGGAGGGAGGGGACGGAGAAGUGGGGUUCCAGAGUAGAGCAGGGCCAGAGAACUGUCUGGGGUGCCUGCCCUGGGGGAAGCAUUCUUUCUUGGGCAGGGAGCAGAAAGCUGUGAACAGAUUAGGCCGUUGGGUUCCCGGGUGAGGCAGGCCAACUGUACUAAAGUAAUGCAAUAAACACAUUAUCAGCUGA